GUAGCUUUUGUUGCUCUGACAACAAAUCCAUCUUUUCACAAGGAUCUCUUGUCAACUGUCAAAUCUUGGCCGCCUGUAAUUUAUUCUGCUUUGCCUAUUAUCUCAGCCAUAGAACCUCAGCUUAAUACUUCAUCCAUGACUGAUGCACUAGCAGAGGCACUAGCAGAGUUGUAUGUAAUUGAUGGACGGUACGAGAAAGCUUUUGCACUAUAUGCUAAUGUUGUCCAACUGAUGAUGACAGAUUACAAACGUGCAGUACCAUUGUUGACCCAACACAAAGACUUAAUCACUGCAUCAAAAGUUGUUAACUUUUGGCUGUGGGGAAUAAGUGUGAUUCCAUAUACUUUUUACAUCUGUAUCUGCUUUCACUAUUUGAAGCUAAUCCGCAUGCUGGAAGGGAUUUCCAUGAUAUGCAGAUUCGAGAUUUGAUAUGGACAUGUUUGGUAAUUUGGAGAGUAGAACCUAGCUCAUUUUGUGUUUUUGUUCAUAUUACCUUACUUGUAUUUUGGUUGCGUUGUAAAUUUUAUAUUUUUGUUGGUAUUACAGGUCAUGUUUCAUUAUCCGCACUUGAUAUUUUAUUUUUGUUGAUAUUAGUAAACAUGUUUUUUGUGGAUAUUAGGAGACGUGUUUGGUAAUCCGCAUGCGGUUGAUAUUAUAUUUUUGUGGGUAGUGCUGAAAUUCAAUUGUGA